AUGGCACCCCCAAUCGUCUAUGGAUCGUACAACUACUCCAAAAUGAAUGCAAUUGACAACGUAACUAAAAACAAUACCGACGCCUGCGGAUGCUGCAGCGCAACUAUGGACAAUAAUUGGUGGCAGAUCGACUUGGGAAAGAAAUAUCUAAUAAAUGAGAUGCGUAUUUAUGGUAGAGGAGAUGGGAAAUGGUGGGAUGAUAACGGACCUCUUAAUGUCAGUGUUCGAAACGCCUCCUCCGUGUUGAGUGUUUUGUAUAAUAUGAAAGACGUGCGGUACUCCUAUAUACUUCCGUUUUCCAAACCAAUGCUUGCAGUCCUGGUAACUACGGAUAUGGUUGUCUACAUGAAGGUCACUGUGCUGAAGAAUACGACAUGGCCACAGGGGCGUGCUCAGUUUGCAUUCCGGGAUGGAAAAAUUCAGCCUGUGACCAAACAUGUGACCCCGGAGAGUAUGGAGCAGGGUGUACAUUACGCUGUGGUCAUUGUAGUGGAGGAAACACAACGUGCAACACGGUCGACGGAAAUUAAUGCCCCGCCGGAGAGUAUGGACUCGAGUGUGCGUCACAUUGCGGUCAGUGUAUUGGUGGCAACACAACAUGCAACACGGACAAUGGUCAUUGUCCGAGUGGAUGUGCAUCUGGUUACAAAGGAGAAGUAUGCAAGAAUCUCUGUGAUCCCGGAGGGUUUGGCCCUAACUGUGCAUCCAAUUGUGGCUACUGUCAUGGCGGCAACACGACGUGUGACACGCACAGCGGGCACUGCCCAGACGGAUGUGCCACUGGAUACAAAGGAUACUUCUGUAAAACCAAGUGUAGCCCCGGAGAGUAUGGACCCGAGUGUACGUCAAAUUGCGGUCAGUGUAGAGAAGGAAACACAACGUGCAACGUCUACAGCGGUCAUUGUCCGAGCGGAUGCGCAUCCGGAUACAAAGGAGAUGUAUGCUCAACUCUGUAGCGAUGGAAACACCACUUGCGACGUCUACAACGGCCAUUGUUCAAGCGGAUGUGCAACCGGAUACAGAGACGAUAUUUGCUCAGCUCUGUGUGACCCGGGAGAGUAUGGAGAUGGAUGCGCAUCUCGUUGUGGCUACUGUAGUGAUGGGAACACAACAUGCAACAAGUUCGACGGCCACUGUCCGAACGGAUGUUCCCCAGGAUACAAUAAUGACACAUGCCAUUCUAAAUGCGAAGAUAAACGAUUUGGGACAAACUGUUCGAAAGAGUGCCAUUGUGAGGAGUGUCAUCAUAUCAAUGGGUCCUGUUCGUACUUCUCAGAGCCAUGUUAUUCGGGAUACCAAGGGGAUUCCUGCACCGAAAAACUUACACAAUCCGAAUCAACAUCACCAACCGGUGGUAUUGUCGGAGGUUUAAUGGGUGCACUAGUAGCUGUAGCAGUUGGUGUUGGUGUCUUCUUUAUUAUCAGAAGAAGAAAGCUGAACAGCGAUAAGACUACCAAAGACGUUUCAAAUAAACCACCGGCAAGAUCAAAUCCUGGCAAACCUGAUUCAUUUGAAAUAAGGAAUAAUGCUUCCAACAAACCUUCGUAUUCUAACAACGAACCUGCAAACGAGGGUGAUUACUACAGUUUUAACGACGCCGCCCCUGGAAUUAAAAUUCAAGAUUUGUGGAGUUACGUCAGGGAAAAAAUGAAAAAUAAUCGAAAACAUCUCUAUGACGAGUUUGCGACGUUGCCAACUGGACUUGUUCAUAAACAUGAUGUCGCAGCUCAGGAAAAGUACAAGGGCAAAAACAGAUACAAGGAAAUGUAUGCAUACGACCAUUCACGGGUACCACUUGAAAAAGCAAAGCCAGAUGAUCCAGACUAUAUCAAUGCUUGUUUCAUCGAUGGUUAUGAGAAAGUAAACAAAUUCAUCGCAUCGCAAGGUCCGACGAAGAACAUGAUUGAUGACUUUUGGCAGAUGGUUUGGCAACAGAAGGCUGACAAAAUUGUUAUGCUGACAAAUCUUAUAGAAAUGGCCUCGAUAAAAUGCAUACAAUACUGGCCAGAGAAAGGUGACAUCUGCUCAUACGGUGGCAUAGAUAUAUCAUACAUCGACACGAAAGAAUUCAAAGACUACAAUAUACGCACAUGGGAAGCGGAGAAGACUGGCAGUAAACCACGUCGAAUACGCCAAUUCCAUUUGAAAACCUGGCCUGACAAGGACGUUCCAGACAGUGCUUGGUGCCUCGUUGAUUUCUGGAAAGCUGUUGACACUACCAAAUCUGCAAAUGAAUCGCCGAUUGUUGUGCACUGCAGUGCUGGAGUUGGUCGGACUGGGACGUUCAUCGCCCUUGACAACCUGAUACACCAGGCAAAAACAGAAAAGUGCGUAAGACCUCUUCAAAUGGUGCAGACACUGCGCAGACAGAGGGUGAACAUGGUGCAGACGAAGGAACAGUACGUGUAUCUCCACGAAGCUAUAGCAGAGGCUCUGCUGAUCGGCACACACCACGUGCACUCCAAGCAAUUUGAUAGUUUCUACAAGCACAUGAUCAGCAAGGAGCCCGGGUCGCUGAGGACGAGAGUUGAAGAACAGUUCGAUCUGAUUGAAAAUGGAAUCACAGAAGAAGUGGUACAGGAAAGUGGUCAUGAAUAUGGAAACAUGGAAUCCCUGCAAUCUGAAAUAGAUGCAUAUCGCCCUAAGCUGAAAAACAGAGGAUCCAACAUAGUCCAAAGACUUGGAACCAUUUUCUUGCCGAACUACGCGAAUAAGAACACAUUUCUGGUGGGCAUGUCGCCGACAGAACAAACGUUGGAAGAAUUCUGGUCCUUGAUUGAGGAACAACACAUCACCACCGUCAUCAUGCUGACGUCACAGUCACAUGCCGCGUACAAGACUUGUCAGUACCUUGGAAGCAGUGACGGAAGACAAAUCGGCAAGUUUAAAGUCAACUGUAUCCAUGAGAAGCAGAACAAAUCUUUCCAAGAAAAGUGUUUCUCAUUCAGGGACGUAAACCACGAGGAUGAGGAUUAUCUAACGACAAUCCGCCAGUUUGAGUUUUCGGCGUGGCGGGAAUGUGAGGAAACGCCUAUCGCGGUACAGCCGAUGCUUGAUAUUUUGGAGGCAGUCAACAAGUGGCAGCCUCACCUCGGCGAUACUAGACCUAUUCUCAUACAUUGCGAAUCAGGAUAUCGCGGCAGUGGGGUGGUAGCUGUACUUCUGAAUGAAGUUCAUCGGGUGCAAGACAACAAGGGCCAGAUAAACAUCGUGGAGAGCGUAAAGACCAUGAAACAACGGAACAAAGAUAUAGUGCAGAAUCCGGCACAACUUCGGUACAUCUACGACGUCAUGCAAGAACAUGUCAAACAGAUCAAUAUCUAUCAAAAUCUGUAGGUCAAAACAGAAUAGUGAUUCCCAUGUGUACAUUUUUUGUCACAAAUAUAGCAUCA